GCCGAAACUUCUCGAUCGCCCGAGUGUCUGUCUUCUGUGUAAACAAGGUCAGGCACUGCAGCGCUCGUUUAGUCGGUUUCUGCAGCUUUCGACUGCUCGUUUGGGGUUGAAAAGAUACUAUAAAGAGCUGAAGUCGGUCACCAGGAGACAGGUCUCAAGCAAGGACCAAACAAGAUGCAGUGUUUUCACUUCAUGGUGGAGCCGGCCAAAAACUUUACGGCCAAGCUGAAGGAAUCACACAACAGAGCAAAGAAGGAGAAGAGGGCUCCUCUGGAGGAGGAUCAGGUGUUCAUUGUGGAGCUGGCUAAGGAGCUCAGCCGCGUUUGUCAGAAGUCUGCAGUCUUGGUGCACAUCUGCAACCACGAUGACCUCUGGCCCACGCCGCUGUGCAAGACCUUCAUCCAAGAGUGGGCCUCCGUGCUGGAGAGCAAGAAGAGGCCCAUGCAAACCGAUGGCUGGCCAGGUGUGGAUGACGGUAAUCAGCCUAAUAUGGCUCAGGAACAAGACAUGCUGCAGGCCAGGACAGCUUUCCUCAACUGGAUCAAAGACCUGAGAGCGCAACCUGAGAAAAGUGUUUGGCUGGGGCAGCCUGUGGAAAAGGCUCUGGAGGACCUGCAGUCAGCCUGGCGCUGGGGCCGGGUCCCAAAUCUCAUGACUGCUAUGGAGCUGGUUUUGUGGUAUUUAACAGCUCAAAGUCUGGACAAGGAUGCCAUACCCCAGCAGUGGCUGAUGUGGAAGCAGAGGUCUAAGAAGAUCGGUGCCAUAUCCUACAUUCCUCAGCCAGUGUGGGAAUGGAUCUCAGAUGCUGCAGUGGAGGUGACUCUGGAUCUGGACACAGCUAACCCAGAUCUCCUGAUCUCCCCUGAUGAGAAAAGGAUGCGCUGUGGCUUUGAGAGAAAGGAGAUUCCCAACUACCAUCAGCGCUUUGAUGGUUGGUGGUGCGCUGUUGGUGUGGAAGGCUUUGGCUCCGGUCGCCACUAUUGGGAGGCGGAAGUCGGUGAGCGGGAUUGGCGGCUGGGUGUGGCCAAAGAGUCAGCCCUGAGAAAGGGUUUCAAGUCCCUGAACACCAACACGGGUUACUUGACCCUGCGCCUGGAGAGGGGCAGUGAGCUGAAAGUGCUGACUGUGCCCUUCACCGCCUUGCCUCCCGACCUCAUCCCCAGCAAGGUGGGCAUCUACCUUGACUACGACGGAGGUCAACUGUCCUUCUACGAUGUGGACAGACACGCCCACAUUUACACCUACAGUGAGACCUUCAGUGAGAAGCUGUUCCCGUUGUUUGGCACAGUGGAGAUUAUCAAAGAUCUGGUGAUCACAUCACCAGCAUCUAAAACCCAAUGCCUCUGCCCCACAUCAUGCCUUUGGGGUUGAGUUUUCCCUCUGUUACCUCUACCUUAAAUUCCACUCUUUCCAUAUCCAGAAAAAGAAUAAAAUAUAUUCCAAAAGAGGUUCAUGUAGUCACUGGUAGAAAUGAGCGACCUCUGCUGUGAAACACAAUCAUCGUGCUGUCGAGUAGCUUCACUACAUGGCCACUCCUUGCUGCUAUAACGUGAUUGUCGCCGUUACUUCACCACUACUGAGUUGUAGAGCUAUACUCUUUACUCUCUUAUAUAUUAGUGAUUUCAUAUAUUUGAAAGAAGCCCUUAUAGUAUUAAUCAGUGUAUUGUGCAAUAUUAAUCCCGCAGCAACAAUGCAAUCUCUGUGAAUGAUGAAUAAACUAAUUUAAAAGUCACUUGUUUGUGUUGA